CAACAUGUCAGCAACGAGGAGGACCGCCGCACUCCAAGAAUGUUUUCACCUACUGCGUACAAUGGUGCUUCUGGGUAUAGAGAUCAGGUGGAAUUCCGCUAUGCACCCUCGACUUGGUCGGAUACGGAGAGCAUAGACAGAGGCAUAGGCUCGAUGCGCAUCAAUGGGGAUGAAGAGGACGAAGUGUUUGCGGCGAAUGGCGAGGGGAGAGAGAAGAGUUGUGAUGAUUAUAAUGAGACAACUGAUAAUAUAUUGGGAAGAAUCUUGGGGCGCCGAGAGGAUGUAGCAGAGCAGAUGAAACGCAGUCAACCUUACAUGAUGGCUCUGUUAGUUGGGAAAUCACCCACUCUUCGUUUGCCUCUUGGUAGCGUGGGCCAGACUUCUGGCAUCAACGGUAGGGAGCCGCUUGAUUCGGACCGAGGAGAUCGAUAUUCGCCCUUCACUGGAGAUGGCAGACGUCCGAGCCAGCAGUACAACCGAAUUGGAGUGAAGCAACCAGUCGCUGCUGCCGGAAAAGUUUUCUCUUCUGCUACCGCCAUGUCAUCUGCACCCCGUGCCACAUGGGUGACAGGACCACUGCAAAAGGAGCCUCCAAAGGAGUUCGUGCCCCAACUGCUCGAUCCCGAACCAGCCUAUCAGAAACCCUCUCCAGAUGCUAUACCGGGUCGAAAACCUGUCUACUCCAUGCAAGAGGAUGACGCCUUUAAGGUUAGCAAAGUGCUGAGUGUACAUGUUAAGGGGGCGUGGGCAUUGCUGAGUGAUUGA